UGGCGGAAGUAAUCUUUCAAAAUCUUUGUAGCUCUGCGAAAAUAGAGCGAGAUCGUGGUAUUAACGGUCUACAAACGUAUCUGAAUGAUUGCACAGACUCCUCUGUAACUGAAGUUGAGAACAGACUACUUGAAAUGGUGUCAGACAUAAGUUUACCUUGGGAAACAAAGCAUGGAGGACUAAUGGGUUCAAAAUGUUUGCUUGAUCAUUCAAGGAAUUUAUUUCAUUCAGAUUUUUCUGGUGUCAUUCAAGACCAUGCAUUGGAACUACUGGCCGAUGAAGAAUUUAGAGUCAGAAUUGCUGCAGGUGAGGUCAUGGGGGCACUCUGUAAAAAAGGAGGUCCAGAUGUCUAUGCAGAGAACCGUGAUGCCAUCCUGGAGGGAAUUCAAACGAACCUAGAGCGUCAACCUCUAACAGAGGUGCUACAACAAGAGGAUGCUGAGAAACUCUACGAGAAGUUAUCAUCGUCCCCAAGAUCUUCAGGAGCUGUGUCGCCACGUAUGUUCAAUUCUGGGUCACCGUUUGGAUCUAGGAGAGGCAGUGCAAAUGCCAGUCAGAUAUUCCAUGAUACAGCUGGUUGGAAGAACUUAGAAACAUGGAUGAAGUGUUUCCAAUGUGUCGUUGAGGGAUGUGGACCCCUGUUUAACCCAUAUAUUGACCAGACUCUCUUAGACCUGAUUUUUGCUGCCCUCACACACACCAAUAGAUUUGUAAGGGAGACUGGAUAUUAUGUAUGUGCCACUUUGGUAGGCUGUGGUUUGUCCCAAGAUGGGGAAGUGGCUGUACCUCUGGAUGAAGGGAAUACAAUACUGUCAUAUGGGCAUCAGUUUGCAGAACAUCUGGGAAAUGGCCUAGCAGAUAAUUGGAGCCAGGUGCGUCUUGCUGCUUCAGUGGCGACUCGUAAAUUCUGCCAGAGUCUCGGGAAUGAUCAGAUAAGAUCUGCCUUCUACCCCAUUCUCAUUCCAAGAAUGUGCCUCAACAGGUACUAUGUUGCGGAGGGUGUGAGGAUUUACUCCCAAGACACAUGGAAGAAGGUGGCAGGAAUGGGAGGAGCUAAACUUGUCGAGACUUAUAUCACAGAAACAGUCGAGUUCUACAUAUCCCAAACUGAGGCUGAUAACCAUGCUGUUCGAGAAGCUGCUUGCGCGUGUAUCGCAGAAUUGGGCACGAAAAUAGAUAAAGAUGUUGUUCGUCCAUUUGUUCCUGGUCUACUGGAUGCCUUAUUGGUCUGCUUUAAAGAUGACAGUUGGCCUGUAAGGGAUGCUUCAUGUAUUGCUUGCGGAAACUUUUUGAGGUGUUUUGCUGAAGAGUCUAAGGGGUCUCUGGAUGCUUUGUUUCCAUUAUUCUUUGAGAAUCUACAGGACAAUAUUCCAUCAGUUCGCCAGGGGGCUGCAAAUGCCCUCGCCAAUGUCAUACUUGCGUAUGGAGAUGAAGUUAUACCAAUGAUUGUUGCCAAGAUCAAAGAGGGAUUAGCAGGGAUUGCUAAGCAACCAGAGAAUGCUGAAAAGUACAGUGGCCUGGAGAAAGGGCCUGCAACUUAUGGCGUCGUGAAACGAGCACGUGAUAAUGAUAUGGAUACUCACUCAAAUCAACCAAUGUAUUCCUGUGGAUCCCUAGCUCCUAAGAUGGGCAGAGGAGGAGGCUGCAUGGACCAUCAAUUUAAGAGGCCAUCAGAACCAUGGGAAACAGCUGAUGGUUGUGUCCACCUAGUCGCUGAGAUGGCUCCACUUAAGGACUUGGCAUCACGUGUCUCGGAACUACUCCCUGACGUGGCCCAUGCUGCCACCUAUCAUCAAUAUGCACAACACGUCAACUUCUUAGAAACCAUUUGUAAACAGCUGCCAAACAUUGCAAGAGGGCUUGGGAAACGACCCUUCAAAGCACACAUAGAGUUGUUUUUGGAACCAAUAUUUUAUAGUAUUAGCUGUGACAAUGCUCUAACCUCCAGUGCUGCAGUGAACUGCCUCAGUCAACUAAGUGCAUACAUUGGUCCUGGGAUAAUGCGUGGUAGAGUUGAACAAUAUAAUCCAAGGUAAGGUUCUAAGUGCAUACAUUGGUCCUGG